AUGUCCAGCAGGAAACGGGAAGACUUCAAAUGGCUCUUCAAGAUUCACCACAUCUGCACAGUAUUUCUCUAUGCAAUAUUCCAACUGAGCCUUUUCUUGAACCUCUACGUUCUGCUGAGUCGAGAGGACACCAUUUUUUACUUGAGGAUUUAUCACUCAAUAAUCGCCUUGCUGAUGUUCUGCUGUGGAAUAAUUGAAAUCGAGUUCUUAAUUCGGACACGAAAACUGGAGAAGCUCGAGGAACCUCACGAGAUACCCACACCAGCGCUCAUUGGUACAUGUUCCCUACUUUUAUUUGUAACUAACUGGCGUAAAGAACGAAGUUUGUUUUUUCCAGGGGCUGUUGCGUUGACUAUUGGAAUCGUGAGUUGA